AUGGAGGCGAUGUUGGGCGCGCUGCGGGCCGCGCGGCGCGGCGCGAUGCUCGCAGCGAGGCUGCGGGCUCCUUGGGGGAGCCACGGAGCCUGCGGGGCGGUGUGGAGCGGGCGUGACGGGGCGCGGGAGGCGUGUGGGGACAGGAGGAGCUUCCACGGAUCGCUGCGGGUGCGGGGGCUGGACGAGCUGCUCGAUCCGAAGCCAGAGAAGAAGGACACUGCUGAGCAAGGGGAGGAGCCCGCCGUGGUGACGGGGCGGGGCUGGCAGGCGCGGGAGCUGCGGCUGAAGUCCUUCGACGACCUCCACAAGCUGUGGUACGUCCUCGCGAAGGAACGGACCGUCCUGUUGACCAAGAGGGACCUGUGGCAGAAGGAGAAGGGCACGGGGCCGUUCGCGCCGAAGUGGCCGGACGCCGAGCGGCUGGUGAGCGUGCGCCAGAGCAUGGCACGCAUCAAGACGGUCAUGACGGAGCGCGCGAAGCAGCACCCGGACGACAUCGUCCGCGCGGCGAUGAAGCGCGUCAUCAACGCGAUCUGA